UAUGUAUUUUGAUGAAAAAUUGUCAUAUAUAAAUAACUUGAUGUUUGAUUUAAACUUUCAAGAACAUUUGAAAUAAUAAAAUAUAAACUAAUAAAUAUUUCAAUUCUUGUAUUUUUAUUUUUUCGAUGUUGUUUUUUGGUCUAAAAGAUUGAUGUAAAUUCACGAUCGAUAUUGCCUCCUGUGGAAAACAAAUGUCACCGGAAGAAAGGUUUAAGAUCUUCCUAUUUCCAGAUAUCCUCCUCCAAUCCUUGACCAAGCAACGUUUUAAAAUAAUACGUCCUAUAAUGCUAAAAGUAUUCGUCUCCACAAAAUUUGGCCAUAUCAAUCGUCAAAUUGUUUUCUACGUGUCAGUCGAAUGCUUAGAUCCAGGGUUUUACUAUUUUUUUUUUACUAUAAUAAAAUUUUCCAGUUGUAUAAAUACCAUAUCAAUCCAUUCAAGUAUUCCACAAAUUUACAAUCUGAACUAGAGAGUUAUCCACAGAUCCAAAAAGAAGAUGUCGUCGAACCAAGAACUAAGCCUUAAGGCCGGAGAAGCCACCGGUCAAGUUCAGCUGAAGAAGGAAGAGUACUUGAACAAAGUAUCACACGCAAUGAAUGAGAAUGCAGAUCAUCACUCACACUCACACGCAGAACAUGAUCAGAAUAAUCCUUCCCUAAUUUCUCAGGCCUCCAAUGUCAUCCAACAGACAGGAGGACAAGUGAAGAAUAUGGCACAAGGAGCAGCGGACGCUGUGAAGAAUACUCUUGGAAUGAGUCCGGCCACUAACAACCCUAGCAACCAGGCCGGCACGACCCACCCGAGCAACCCUAGCUCUAAAAAUCUUUAAAAAGAGUUGCUUAAGAAAACGUUGGCCUGAUCUUUUCAACAUACACAAAACCUUAUUCUCAGUGUUUUGUUUGCUCUAUUUAUUAUCUGAUUUUUUUUUGUAUUUUUGUUAUUUCUGUUUUUUUUUUUGAACAUUUUUUUGUUAUUUAUGUUGAGACAUUAUUACGUGUCUCACUCAUCAUAACCCUUAGUAAGGGCUUUAUUUAUCUUAUGAAUGAUCGUAAAAUAAUAUCAUCUUUUCUUUUUUGAAA